AACACUGUCGCAACUCACAAUUUCAAUGAAAUUUGAUAUUCAGGAAUUCAAGCUGUAUUCAACUCAAACCGAAACUAAACACAGUCUACAGACACUGUCUAUCAAAGGUCGCUUUGACUGUUUUCUUACAAGGCUCAUUUGGUCGCUCAAAUCAACGUCAAUUUACCACAUCCACGUAAUAUUAACUAAAGUAAGUGCAAGAUUUGCUUCAGUAACUCAAAGUUACAAACAUACAAACCAAGAGAGGUUAUAGAUUGACGUGGCAAUAGUUAUUGAUGCAGAACUGCUGUUGAAUAACGAUGUAGGAAGUUAAUUUAUAAGCUGUUCAUGAAACAAGACAUAACGAUUGAUUUCUUGGUUUAUAUUCUAGAAUUCUACUGGUUCACACGAGAACGCAUUACGAGAAAUGAAAGUAAAAAUCCAAGAACGCUAUCGACUGGUAUUGUAAUUAAUGAACUGCUUUUGAAUUUAAAUGGCCUCGAAAUUGGCCGUAUACAACACUGGCUAUGAAGAUGAACGAUUUCAACAGAUUGUCAGCCAGACUUUGCACUGUAUUAUUUGUACCAAUGUCAUCAAAGAUCCGGUUAUGUGUCGGCAAAAUGAACACAUCUUUUGUAGAGCUUGUAUCACCAGACAUCUCAUAAACUUCCAAACAUGCCCGACAUGCAUGGAACCACUCACUGUCGAAACACUAAGCCAAGCACCUCGGGGUAUAAGAAACUUGCUGGCUGAAUUGAAAAUUCGAUGUGAAUUCUUCGAUCGUGGUUGUGGAAAGUUUAUUGAGCUGGGAGAUAUUGAAAGGCAUGUUACAGAAUGCGGUUUCGCCCCAGCAGUCUGCUCUAACAAAGGAUGUCAACUUGAGGUGAAUAAACAAGAUUUACUUCAUCAUGAAACUUCUGUUUGUGAACUACGCAGAGUUCAAUGUCACAGCUGCAAGGAUAUUCGACAAGAGAUGGAUACAGUGAAAGUUAAUUUGGCAGCAAUGAAUGAGAAGUUAGACAAAAAUGAGAAAAACGUCUUGGAAAAAAUUGAGACGAAAGGAAAAGCUGUAGAAAAUGUGGUGGCAAAAGUUGAACUGGUUCAAAAACAACUUAACAAGCAGGAAGAAAGUAAUCGCCAGUUCAAAGCGGACAAUGUAGAAAUGAAGAAAAGUUUGAAUGAAAUUAUGAAACAACUGGAAAGAAUAACACAACAAAUGUCGCACGAAGUUCAGGCUGAAGGAAUGAAGAAAGGAAUCGCAGAAGCGGAUGGAAUGGAAAGAGAGCCAAAAGUGGUUAUCGCUGGAGGUGCAAACCCAAAAGCUUUAAAUUCUGUGGAAAUGUUCAGUCUUUUAACUCGAACCUGGACACCACUACAGCAAAUGAAAGAAGGUCAUGAAGGAGCAUCUUCAGUUGUUUACAACAAUCAGUUAUUUGUCGUUGGAGGUUAUGUUAAGUCCAUGGAAAAAUUGUCAUUGAAUGCUGUUCAAGUUGACCAGUCCAUACCUUGGGAAAACGUUCCUGCUGAGUUACCUAAAGAGUUGGCAGGACACUGCAGUGUAGUUUAUAAUGGACGGUUGAUAGUUAUCGGAGGUUGUGAUAAAGGUGCAUUUUCUGAUAGUAUUACUGAGAUUUCCAUUGUUCCACCUUAUACCAGUAAACUGUUGGCUACCAUGCCACAAACAAGAUUUUAUCAUGGUGUUGCAAUCUUUGGUGAUAAGAUCUUAAUUCUGGGAGGUUUCGUGUCUUACUCAGUUUCUAGAAGUGUUGUUAUGUAUGACAUCACUAAGAAUGAAUGUCAGGAGUUAGCACCCCUCCCUUACCCCGUGCAUGAAAUGGCCACAGUCAAGUGGGAUGAUGACAAUGUCAUGAUAAUAGGGGGUGCUGAGAGUAUCGUUAAACGAUUAAACAAAGUUUUACUGUACAACAUCAAGACCCAGAAGAGUUGUAUGUUACCAAACAUGAAGUAUAAGAGGACAGGAUGUGUGGCUGCAGUUGUCAGAGACACUGUGAUUGUCAUGGGAGGCGAAGAUGAAAGAGGAAAUUACUUAAAGUCUGUAGAAAGUUUUAGAUUCGAUAGUUAUACCUGGGAAGAACUUCCCCAAAUGCACGAAGCAAGACACAGAGCUACUGCAGCUGUAUGUUAACUAUAGACCAUAUUUUAGAUUUGAUUGUUAUGCCUCAUUCCAGAAAUGCAUAUAGCUACUGUAGUUGCAUUUUAAUAAAUGUAUUAUGUAUAUUAACCA